GACGUGGGAACGUUGCUACAAGACCCUGCCGUCAACAAGCUCCUCACCAUGCUAACCAACCAGCCUGGUCUGUUCACUCAGGUCGCCAAUUCAGCUGCUGCAGUCGCCGACACUUCAGCAGCAUCAAACAACGACGACUCGGUCUCCGAUACCAGCGUCGUGGAAGUCGUGCCGCCACUUCAAGAAGGUCCCCAAGACAACUAG